CAGAACUGGUCUUGUAAGCUUGUGUUCACGGCCUUUAAUUAUAUCCUUGUUGCCAACUAUAUAUGGAUUUUUAUAGAGGGGUUAUAUCUACACAACAUCAUCUUCAUAUCAACAUUUAAAAAGAGCAAGCGGUUCCAUUUGUACAUUAUAGCUGGAUGGCUGUUACCAGUCCUUUCUGUGAUUCCCUGGAUACUGGUCAGAAGUUACCUCGAGGACACACUGUGUUGGAGCACUCACACAGCCAAAAAUAAAUUGGUUUGGAUCAUAAGGGGACCAAUAGUAGCAACGAUUGUGGUCAAUUUCAUUUUUUUCAUCAACAUAAUACGGGUUAUUUUUACAAAGUUGACAGCAUCACAUAUGAACGACAAUCAUCGCUAUAGAAAACUGGCGCGCUCCACCCUGGUCCUGAUCCCCCUGUUCGGUGUGUACUAUAUGAUAUCUGUUGUCAUGCCGGAAUGUAUGGACCCCAGUGUAGAACUCAUCUGGCUGUAUGUGGAGAGUGGUGUCAACUCAUUUCAGGGCUUUCUCGUGGUGUUACUUUUCUGUUUUCUUAAUGGAGAGGUUCAACAUGAAAUCCAUAAGAAAUGGAACCGGAAGAGGAGAAUACGCCGGUUUAGCGCCGCCUCCUCCCGCUCCACUAGAACUCUCUCUAUAGGAUCUACUGUGUUAUUUAAAGACAAGCAUCUCCCAGCUAUACUGUUCCGGGGGGACAUUCCCAGAGAGAAAAGAAACAGUGUUAAACAAAAUUUAGAGUUAAAGAAUUUGUGUAAAAAACCUGAUUGUGAUCUCAAAGAAAACAAGGAUGAGGAACAUGAAUGUGUCAAAUUAUUGGAGUCCCCAACAUAAGAAAUGAUGGAUUAUAUUUGUUUUAAUACGUUAUUUUAGUUCUUUCUAUGGAGGGACCUUAAAUGAGGAUUUGAACAUUUUUUUACCACAAAAGGGAAACAAAAACUGUAGGAUUUUUUAGCUGAAACUUUUCCAAAUAUAGUUUUAAAGAAUUAAAAUGUUAAGGAGUGAUUGUCGUCGAUUUAACCAUUUGUCACAUUUUUUUUCUUUUGUUGUUGUUUUCACAAUUUCAACAGCUUUAAAUUAUAUAUGUCUUACUAUAAGUAUUAAGUCUCUUAAACAGGGCUUAGAACAGCAAACGUUGAAUGAAACUUAUCUUUUUAACAUUUUCAAAGAAGGAGAAAAAUUUGAAACUUACUGAAGAUAUGUUUCAAGAUUUUUUUUUCCAGUAUUGAUAAUUUUUUGGUCAUAAAGUAAUAGAAAUGUACAUAUUUUACUUGCGUAUAUCAAAAUAGUGGUUACCGUAACAAAUCCUGGUGAAAUGUUAAGAUUUUAGGCUUGUUUAAAGGUUUCGAAAGUUUUACUUCGUAAACUUGCAUUUAAAGUUUCAAAAUGUUAGACAUUUUAAAUCUAAUUAUUAAUUUUGAACAGGAUUGGCUACUUGUUUUAAUUUUCUUUCUUUAAAUAUAAUUCCUUAUAAUAAAUAAAUGUAGAACAAACAAAGUUUGUAACUGAGUAAAGAAUUGUGUUCUGAAAUGAAAGGGAUUGAAAAAAAUAUAUGAAAAAAAAACAAAACAAAACAAUAAGGCCUAAGAUAAAAAAAACAUUUGAAAGUCAUAAUGAAUAUGGCUGUACAAACAAAAUUAAAGUCGUGUAUUAAUUUUUUGUUUAUGAUUUCGUCCGACUGAUCUUUCUAAACUCUAAUUACAAAAGGAUUGUCUUAUCAAAGCUUAACAACAACCUAAUAUUUUUUAAUGGCUGAUAAAAAGCCUAGUAAAUGGUAACACAGAUUGAUGAUAAAGGCAUAAAUCCUUUCAUGAUUCUGAUUCUGACCAAGGGUUUAUCGGCUAGAAAGUACUUUUUGCUAUAUUCCCACUUAUUAUCGGUAUGCCAUGUACACUGGUUUGCCAAAUUUAUUGACUGAAUCAAAAUUGAAAGUUUCCCUACCGUCAACGAACGUACAUGGAUUGCAUAAUCUGAGCUAUAAAAACUUUUUAGAAUAUCAAUUGUUCACUUUAUUAUUAAGCAAACACUGACGUACAUUACUUGAUUCAAAUCUAAAUUGUUUUGAGAUUUAUGGAAUUCUAAACCAGAUCUCUAACAGUGGCAUUACAAACCUAACACUAUUGUCAACGCAGAUUUCACCGUCUUGAUGUUCAACUUUAUUCAAAUCUCCGCUUUUAGGAAAUGUUUAAGGUAAAAUAUUCAGGUUAUGACCAUCUCAUAAAAAGUAGUCAAUUGACGGUUAACUGACUGUUUUUCUUACACUUGACACUCAAAUAGAUAUUUUUGUAUGUAUACUUGACAAAAACAAAAUAAUAAAAAAAAUAAUGAUACCAAUUUAAAAUAAUAAUUGGUCACAAUUUAUACUUAUCAAUUUAAAUUUGAGAAAAAAUCAAAAGUUUAGGAAGUGGCAUUCAAUGAAUUAAUUGUUUAAAUUUUAUCAGAUUUGAAAUUAUCACCAUGUCCAUUGAAGAAAAGAUUGUUUAAUAAAAAUAAAAGGGGUAUGAGGGAAAAUUUGUAGCCCAAUGUAUAUUUAAACAUAUUAAGCUGAAAACCCAAGUGUACGCAGAUUCGCUAUUUGUGUUAAAGCAUUAAACUACAUGUGCAUUUGCUAUUACCUGUAAUUGAAAGACUGAAGUAUAUACCUAAACAAAGUCAGGUUAAUUGAAUUAAAAAAAUGCUUAUGACUUUAUGUUUAUUUUAACAAACUGUAAGGAUACCUCUCAAUUAAAAAAGAUUUUGGGGGAAAUAAAAUAUUGAGUAUACAUCCUCUAACAUGAUAAAUCAUACAGACCUAUCGGUAACGAGAUGCUCCUAAGCAAAAGAAAUGACGGCUGA